AUGGCAGGCAAACAAUUGGAACACGACCUAUGGGAAAUUUGGGACCAAAAGCCAACCAUGACAUCCCUGGAGAAAGAUCAGCUGUGUGAGAUCCUGCCCUUGGACGUGGCAUCGCGACUUCAUGAAGUCUUCAGUGUCCAUCUUGCUUGUUACUGGAUCUUGUUUGUGUACCUACACCGCGUGGUAUGGUGGACCCUUCCGCACUCUCCGACCACUCAAUCCGCGUUGCAGCAAGUCUGGCAGCACUUUCAAGAUUCCUACGGGGAAGUUGUCGAUGGAUCAAAGAUCGUCCACCCAGGUCUACUAUGGCCUGUGUUCAUCUUCGGGGCCGAGUGUCCGAACGAGUACAGGCGAAACUGGGCUGUCGAGCAGCUGGAAGCUUUGGGAGAUUCAAAGCCUGUCUUACAGGCCCAGCCAGAGAGCAACAGCACGAUCCCGCCAUUCAAUAUUAGCUCCGGUGCUACAAAGAACGCGAGACGCGCGGCUCGUCUCCUCCGAGAACUCAUCAAGAGACAGGAGGAUACUAAAGCUCGAGUUGAUGAUAGAGACCUGUCGGUUGAGCUGUUUGGCUGCUACUUCUCGCUGAUGUAA